AUGGCCAAAUGGGGAGAAGGAGAUCCUAGGUGGAUUGUUGAAGAACGACCUGAUGCUACUAAUAAUGGCCUGGACUGCAAGGUGACAGAAGUAGAAAAGGUUGAAGGUGAGGCAUCGGCAAAUAAUAGGAAAGGAAAAUUAAUAUUCUUCUAUGAAUGGGACAUUAAGCUGAAAUGGGAGGGACGUCUCGCUGGCGGUAACGACAUGGUUAAAGGCGAAGUACAUAUUCCGAAUCUAUCGGAGGAGAAUGACGUCAGCGAAGUGGAUAUGACCGUAACCAUUAAAGGCAGUGGCGAAGAAGCACAGAGAUUGAAAGCUUUUAUGCAUAAUGUUGGAAAGGCUGAAAUCCGCAAGCAACUUGAGGAGUAUGUGAGGAGUUUGAAGCAAGAAUUUUCUAAGGGUCUAAUUCUACCCAAGAAGGGAGAGACCACAGUGAAACCAGAUAGCGUUUCAACUAUAACAAGUGGCUUUAAUAAGAAGGUAAAUAUGGAGCCAGUUGUUUCAGCAGAAAAGAAACAAGUUGGUUGCAAAUUGGACACUAAAACAAUUGAAUUGUCUGAGACUUUCCAAUGCCGAGCUGACGAGUUCUAUAAUGCAAUGACCAGGAUAGAAAUGGUAACCGCCUUUACUCAGGGUCAUGUGAAAAUGGAUGCGGAGAAGGGUGGAAAGUUUGCAUUAUUUGGAGGUAAUGUCACAGGGGAGUUUAAAGAGUUGGUGCCCGGAAAGAAAAUAGUUCAGUACUGGAGAUACAAGCAAUGGCCCGAACAACAUUUCUCAGAGGUCACCUUCAACAUUGAGGAGAAGGACGACCACACUUUAGUCAAAUUGAAACAGGACUUAGUACCGACUUCGGAACGUUCCUUUGAUCACUGCAUUCACUCUAGGCUAAUUAGGUACAAUUCU